GUGCCCAGGCAGCGGGGGGAGGAAAUCCUCCUCGAGGCCACCAGUUUUCCUCGCUGCCAGGGCCUCUGCACGGACGGCCCCCCAAGGUCCCCGACACAGGGCUGCACAGAUAGACCAACCGAGCAGCCUGAAUUCACUAAGGUUCCAGCAGUCUCCUCCGGGUGGAGGCUGUUCGGAGUGACCCCGCAGGUGUCAAGGCACCUGUUGGUAGAAUCCAGAAACACCUCUCCCCCAGGACACGCGGGCGCUGUCGGUCUGUCCGGCCGUGCAGGUCCACUUGGAGGAAUUCUGCAGCAGAGAUCUGUGCCCCUCAGUUGUCAGGCUAAAUAUUUUGGCUUAGCGGGAGGGGCGGAGAGACGGGAGAAGUCCCCGCAAGCCAAUCCGUUUCGGCUGGGCGCGGUCGGCGGGCCCGCCCCGGGAGAUACUGCUGGAGCGCGGCCGCUCGCGCUGGCAGAGUGUGCCCAGGAGGACAGCGGAGGGACACGACGCUCGGCCUCCCCGGGGCUCUCCCUGGGCUUGCGCUCCGCCUCACCUCGGAGGCCUCGGGCCGCUCUUGAACCUUGUGUCACUUUCUCCCUUUGGGGGCCUUUCUGAGGCUCUCCCUGUCACUGCGUCUCUGUUCCCAUCUCUCUGUCUCUGGAGUCACACGGAGUCCCUAGUCUCCAGCAGCCCGUCACUGGCGUGUCUGUGGUCGCAUUUCCUCCUCUGCCUCCAGCUGUCAGAGGGGGGAUUCCUGCUCUCCCUGCCCUUUCCCUUCCCCUCCUUUCGAAGCCUGGGUCUUGGCGUCCUUUAAGGUGGUCAGACCCUUCUCUUCUCUGGAGCCACCUGGAGGAGGGCCAAGACGGAACACAAGCCAGGGCUGGGACCAUGGCAGUGCCUGGUCUGUGGCCCUGGGGAGCCUGCCACCUUAUGAUUCUCCUCUCCUUGGGAUUUGGCCUGGAUACACCAGAGGUGUGCCCCAGCCUGGACAUCCGCUCAGAGGUGGCGGAGCUGCGGCGGCUGGAGAACUGCAGCGUGGUGGAGGGCCACUUGCAGAUCCUGCUCAUGUUCACGGCCACGGGGGAGGACUUCCGCGGCCUCAGUUUCCCCCGCCUCACCCAGGUCACCGACUACCUCCUGCUCUUCCGCGUCUACGGCCUGGAGAGCCUGCGGGACCUCUUCCCCAACCUCGCGGUGAUCCGGGGGGCGCGCCUCUUCCUGGGCUACGCGCUGGUCAUCUUCGAGAUGCCACACCUGCGCGACGUGGGGCUGCCCGCGCUGGGGGCUGUGCUGCGCGGGGCUGUGCGCGUGGAGAAGAACCAGGAGCUCUGCCACCUGUCCACCAUCGACUGGGGACUGCUGCAGCCUGCGCCCGGUGCCAACCACAUCGUGGGCAACAAGCUGGGCGAGGAGUGUGCAGACGUGUGCCCAGGGGUGCUGGGAGCCGCUGGUGAGCCCUGUGCCAGGACCACCUUUGGUGGGCACACGGACUACAGGUGCUGGACCUCCAGCCACUGUCAGAGAGUGUGUCCCUGCCCCCAAGGCCUGGCCUGCACGGCCGGGGGCGCCUGCUGCCACGCCGAGUGUCUGGGGGGCUGCAGCCGGCCUGAAGACCCUGGGGCCUGCGUGGCCUGCCGCCACCUGUACUUCCAGGGAGCCUGCCACAGAGCCUGCCCUCCAGGCACCUACCAGCAGGAGUCCUGGCGCUGCGUCACGGCCGAGCGCUGUGCCAGCCUGCGCUCGGUGCCCGGCCGCGCCUCCACCUUCGGCAUCCACCAGGGCAGCUGCCUGGCCCAGUGCCCGCCAGGCUUCACCCGCAAUGGCAGCAGCAUAUUCUGCCAUAAAUGCGAGGGGCUGUGCCCGAAAGAAUGCAAGGUGGGCACCAAGACCAUCGACUCGGUGCAGGCGGCUCAAGACCUGGUGGGCUGCACCCACGUGGAGGGGAGCCUCAUCCUCAACCUCCGCCAGGGCUACAACCUGGAGCCCGAACUGCAGCGCAGCCUGGGGCUGGUGGAGACCAUCACUGGCUUCCUCAAAAUCAAGCACUCCUUCGCACUCGUGUCCCUGGGCUUCUUGAAGAACCUCAAGCUAAUCCGGGGGGAUGCCAUGGUGGAUGGGAACUACACUCUGUACGUGCUGGACAACCAGAACCUGCAACAGCUGGGGUCCUGGGUGGCCACUGGCCUCACCAUUCCUGUGGGCAAGAUCUACUUUGCCUUCAAUCCGCGCCUCUGCUUGGAGCACAUCUACCGAUUGGAGGAGGUGACGGGCACCCGGGGUCGGCAAAACAAGGCUGAGAUCAACCCCCGCACCAAUGGAGACCGCGCUGCCUGCCAGACUCGCACCCUGCGCUUCGUGUCCAACGUGACGGAGACGGACCGCAUCCUGCUGCGCUGGGAGCGCUACGAGCCGCUGGAGGCCCGCGACCUGCUCAGCUUCAUCGUCUACUACAAGGAGUCCCCAUUCCAGAAUGCCACAGAGCAUGUGGGUCCAGAUGCCUGUGGAACUCAGAGCUGGAACCUACUGGAUGUGGAGCUGCCCCUAAGCCGCACCCAAGAGCCAGGGGUCACCUUAGCCCCCCUGAAGCCCUGGACACAGUAUGCAGUGUUUGUGCGGGCUAUCACACUGACCACUGCUGAGGACAGCCCUCAUCAAGGAGCCCAGAGCCCCAUCGUCUACCUCCGGACCCUGCCUGCAGCACCCACGGUGCCCCAAGACGUCAUCUCCACGUCCAACUCCUCCUCCCACCUCCUGGUGCGCUGGAAGCCACCGACCCAGCGCAACGGAAACAUCACCUACUACCUGGUCCUGUGGCAGAGGCUGGCGGAGGACGGCGACCUCUACCUCAAUGACUACUGCCACCGCGGCUUGCGGCUGCCCACCAGCAACCACGACUCCCGCUUCGACCGCGAAGAUGGGGAACUCGAGGCCGAGACCGAACCGGGCUGCUGCCCCUGCCAGCACUCGCCUCCUGGACAGGCCCUGCCCGCGCUGGAGGCGCAGGAGGCCUCGUUCCAGAAGAAGUUUGAAAACUUUCUGCACAACGCCAUCACCAUCCCCAAGUCCCCUUGGAAAGUGACCUCCCUCAACAAGAGCCCUGAAAGGGACUCGGUGCGGCACCGCCGGGCCGCCGGGCCCCUCAGACUAGGGGGCAACAGCUCGGAUUUUGAGAUCCAGGAGGACAAGGUUCCCCGAGAGCGGGCUGUGCUGAGCGGCUUGCGCCACUUCACGGAGUACCGGAUCGACAUCCACGCCUGCAACCACGCGGCACACACCGUGGGCUGCAGCGCGGCCACCUUUGUCUUUGCGCGCACCAUGCCCCACAGAGAGGCUGAUGGUAUCCCAGGGAAGGUGGCAUGGGAGGCAGCCAGCAAGAGCAGUGUUCUCCUGCGGUGGCAUGAGCCACCGGACCCCAAUGGACUCAUCCUCAAGUAUGAAAUCAAGUACCGUCGCUCAGGAGAGGAAGCCACAGUGCUGUGCGUGUCCCGGCUGAGAUAUGCCAAAGUUGGUGGGGUCCACCUGGCCCUGCUUCCCCCUGGGAACUACUCUGCGAGGGUUCGGGCCACUUCGCUGGCUGGCAAUGGCUCCUGGACGGACAGUGUUGCCUUCUACAUCCUUGGCCCAGAGGAGGAAGACUCCGGCGGUCUGCACGUUCUCCUCACUGUCACCCCCGUGGGCCUCAUGCUGCUCAUCAUUCUUGCUGCCCUCGGUUUCUUCUACAGCAGGAAGAGAAGUGGCACCCUGUAUACCUCUGUGAAUCCGGAGUACUUCAGCGCCUCUGAUAUGUACGUCCCUGAUGAGUGGGAGGUGCCCCGGGAGCAGAUCUCCAUCAUCCGGGAGCUGGGCCAAGGCUCUUUUGGGAUGGUCUACGAGGGCCUGGCACAAGGACUGGAGGCUGGAGAGAAGUCCACGCCGGUAGCCCUGAAGACGGUGAAUGAGCUGGCCAGCCCACGGGAACGCAUUGAAUUCCUUAAGGAAGCUUCUGUCAUGAAGGCAUUCAAGUGUCACCACGUGGUGCGUCUCCUGGGAGUUGUGUCUCAAGGCCAGCCAACUCUGGUCAUCAUGGAGCUAAUGGCCCGGGGGGACCUCAAGAGCCAUCUUCGGUCUUUGAGGCCUGAAGCAGAGAACAAUCCUGGGCUCCCACAGCCAGCACUCGAGGACAUGAUCCAGAUGGCUGGUGAGAUCGCCGAUGGCAUGGCUUACCUGGCCGCCAACAAGUUCGUGCACCGAGACCUGGCAGCCCGUAACUGCAUGGUGUCCCAGGACUUCACUGUCAAGAUCGGGGACUUCGGGAUGACUCGGGACGUGUAUGAGACAGACUAUUACCGCAAGGGUGGGAAGGGGCUGCUGCCGGUGCGCUGGAUGGCCCCCGAGUCCCUCAAAGACGGAAUCUUCACCACCCACUCAGAUGUCUGGUCCUUUGGUGUGGUGCUCUGGGAGAUCGCGACCCUGGCUGAACAACCCUACCAGGGCCUGUCCAAUGAGCAAGUGCUCAAAUUUGUCAUGGAAGGCGGGGUCCUGGAGGAGCUGCAGAGCUGUCCCCUGCAGCUGCAGGAGCUGAUGAGCCGUUGCUGGCAGCAGAACCCACGCCUGCGCCCGACCUUCACCCACAUCCUGGACAGCAUACAGGAGGAGCUGAGGCCCUCCUUCCGCCUGCUCUCCUUCUACUACAGCCCAGAGUGCCGGGGAGGCCUGGGCUCCUUGCUACCCACUGACACAGAGCCCGACUUCCCACUAACUCCAAAAGAGGCCUCAGAGGGCAGCCCCCAAAACGGGGGUCCAGGGCAUUAAGGGACUCCCCGUUCCCUAGCUGACUGGCCUCUCGUGGGUAAAGAGGAAGGGACCCAAUCUUUGUGCCCCUGAGAUGUCCAGAUGUUCACCUCCCCCCCAGCCAUGCUCAGGGCAGGGAAGGGCCAAGAGUGGGACAGAGAGCAGGAGCAGGAAGACGCGGGUGCAGUCAGAACAGACUCCUGCAGGAAAGAGUGUCAGCAGUCGGAGUUCGUGGGAAAGCAAGCAGGGCCUCGGCGGGAGGAAUCAUUAGACCAUGGACAGGCAUCCCACCGCCCGCAGAGGGAGAGGCCCUGCUCCCACUGAGAGGAGAAGGCCCAUCUGCCCUGGAAGCGGAGUCGGACGAGCCCACCCUCGGCUCGGCACCUCCUGUGGACAUCUGGGUUCAUCAACAGGAGCAAUCAGAGCCAGGCCUGGACCCUGUCCAUCCAUGCUUGGGACGCUCAGGAUGGAUGUGCAGAUUGCUGCCCGUCCUUCAACUGCAUCACCUCCUCCCUUGGCCCCACACACCAGGGGGGCAUGGCGAGAACCCCGGGCCUGGUGAGCCAGCCCCCAGCCUGGCCCUGGUGGGCCUGCCCCAGUUCCUCUCCCCUGGCCCCACCAGGGACCCCCAAGCUUGGUGCUCCUCCUUCUUGCUCCCCAGGGGCCUCCCUUGGUGCACUUUCCCUGCUUUGUCCAGUCUUCCCCUCCGUCUUGGAUCAUUAAGGCUUAAAGAGCUGCGUCUCCUUCCCUCCCCGCCCCACCCCCUGCCUCUCAUGGGAGACUGGAGAAGGCACAAUAAAGGCUGAGGUCUGUUUGGACCCAGGUCCCGGCA